AUGCGACCAGUGCACGCGCAACGAGGUGAUGGAGUGAUGGACGCUGAUAUGAUGGGACUCGGUCGCGCGCGUUUGUUGUCGCCACGAGCCGACCAGCACAAGCCGCGCGCGCAAAACUGUAAGGAACAAGUGGAAAAGGUGGUUUCGACCGAAUCAGAACAAGUCAACUCUGUGCGAUGGUUGGGAGGGCGACCAACGAGAGGCAGCGAGAGGGAGAGAAAAGGCGAGCUGGGCGGGCGAUGGGGCAUUUUGUACCGUUUCCGGCUGGCCGAGUGGUCGGGGGGCGUAUUUUACCGUGGCCAUACCGUAUGGUCUCCCUCUCCUGCUCUACGGCGUCCCGACACGACGACCGACCCUCCGGCCAUCCCGGUCAGGUGCGACCCCAUGACGCACGCAUCACCUCCGGAACACGCCACACGGUUUAUGGCUCAUCUGGCGGUGUAUCGCCAUGAACACGCCUCUGCAGAUGGACACUCAGCCUCGGCGGUCUACCCGAUUCGGGCCCUCCUCCACCUCGGGUCCCAUUCGCCCAUGGAGGACCCAUCCUGGUACCGUUUGUAA